UUUGGCAUUGAUCAAUAAAAAAGAAGAAACGAAAACAAACUAACGAAAUUGGUUCACAAUUUUAUAAUCAAAGAAUGAAUAAGAGUGAUGAGUAACUAUGAGCUAAACUUUAUGUUUUCUCAGAUUGCCAGUGAAUUGUGUAUAGCCAUAAAUCUGAUUCUAUCUAAUAUCAAGCUGUCAAAAUAUUAAAAAUGAAUGGAUAUUAAUAAUUCUAUUUAUUUUAUAAUAUAUAAUAGGUAUUAAAUAUAUUUGUAAUGUCUUUGACACAUUUAUCAAGUGGAAGAUUAAAUGUCGCUCUUAUACAAGAACAAGCAAGAAAACAAUUGUUACAUUUGUUCGAACAAUGCGAUGGUACAAAGGCAAUUAUUUGGGACGAGUCACUUGCUGGUCCGAUUGGACUCGUUGCAAAAUAUAAUCUGUUACAAGAGCAUGAUGUUGUCAAAAUAUAUCCAUUAUGUGGAGGAACAUUAUCUAUACCUUCUACUAUUGCAAAUAUUAUAUUUAUCACUAGACCACAAUUAGCUUUGAUGGAUUUAGUAGCUGAGAAUGUACAUGGAGAAGAAGGUAAAAGACCUCGUAAGGAAUUUCAUUUAUUUUUUGUACCAAGGAAAAGCCUGUUGUGUCAAAAGAAACUUCAAAACCGAGGUGUUUUUGGUAGCUUUACAUUAAUAGAAGAAUUUAAAUGUGAUAUAUUUCCAUUUGAUAGCGAUCUUCUUUCUAUGGAACUUAAUGAAUCAUUCAAAGAAUUUUAUUUGGAAAACGAUCCUACUUGUUUAUAUCAAGUAGCCCAAGCUAUUCAAAGUCUACAAAGAUUAUAUGGAAAGAUUCCAAAGGUUACAGGUAGAGGACCUGCCGCUGCUAAAGUAUGUGAAUUAUUGGAAAGAUUAAAUCGAGAAGAAGAAGAUAGUAAAAUGAAUGUAUUACAACCAACACCUAUAGAACAUUUAUUGUUACUAGAUAGAUCUGUGGAUUUAUUAUCACCCUUAGUUACUCAAUUAACUUAUGAAGGUUUAAUAGAUGAGAUAUUUGGCAUAAAAUACAAUACCGUACAGUUGCCUGCCAGAAAGUUUCAUGAUUCUGAUGAGUCUCCAACUGUAAUGUCUCUCAAUGAGAAAGAACAAAUUAUACUUAACUCUGGAGAGGAAUUAUUUGCUGAAAUUAGGGAUAAAAAUUUCAAUGGAGUAGGUCCAGUGCUUAGUAAAAAAGCUAAAGUUAUUUCGUCACAAUUUGAUGAACGACAUGGGGAUAAGAGUGUUCAAGAAAUAAAACAAUUUGUUGCUAAACUACCACAUAUGUUGGCAACAAAACAAUCUUUAGCAAGGCAUACAACGAUAGCAGAAAUGAUAAAGGAAGUCACUGAUUCCAACAGCUUUUUAGAAUCAUUACAAAUUGAACAAGAAUUGUUAAAUUGUAUCGAUACAGACAAACCCAAUUCAUAUAUAGAAGAUUUAAUAGCUCAACAACAACCAUUGCUCAAAGUGCUUCGCCUUCUUUGUAUACAAUCAUUAACAAAUUCUGGUUUAAAACCAAAAUUAUUAGAUUAUUAUAAAAGAGAAAUAAUACAAACUUAUGGAUAUCAACAUUUACCAACGCUUUUAAAUUUAGAAAAAGCUGGUUUGUUAAAAGCACAGCAAUCUAUACGUCAAUAUACUGUAUUAAGAAAAGCAUUGCGUCUUACGGUAGAAGAUGAAAGCGAAAUAACGCCCAAAGAUAUUAGUUACGUACAUUCUAUAUAUGCACCUCUUAGUAUUAGAUUGGCAGAACAAUUAGUUCAACCAAAUGGUUGGCAAGGAUUAAACGACGUGAUGGGUUUAUUACCAGGACCUACUGUAACGAAUGUUUCAUAUAAUGUAGCAUUUACAGGAAGAAGAAAUUCUAUUACCAGCGAAGACUCAAAUUCUGAUCCUCCAAAAUUAGUUUUAAUAUUUUUUAUCGGCGGAUGCACAUUUGCAGAGAUAUCAGCUUUACGAUUUUUAUCUCAACAAGAGGAUCUAAAUGUUGAAUUUAUCGUGGGUACAACAAAGCUUAUAAAUGGUAAUACAUUCCUUUCGUCGUUAAUGGAAAAUAUGGAAUACAAUUGAUUUAAUAAGUAAUAAAUAAAUAUUUCUAUCUAUCUAUCCCAAAA